GGUGGGGCGGUGCCGGGGCAGCCCCGGAAGGCGGGUUCGGUUCCGGGCCGCGCGGCGCCAUGGAGGCUCUGUGGCGGCUGAAGCGGUUCGAUGCCUUCCCCAAGACCCUGGAAGACUUUCGGGUCAAGACGUGCGGGGGCGCGCUGGUGACGGUGGUCAGCGGGCUCAUCAUGGCGCUGCUCUUCGUCUCGGAGCUGCAGUAUUACCUCACCAAGGAGGUUCAUCCAGAACUGUACGUUGACAAAUCCAGGGGAGAUAAACUGAAGAUCAAUCUAGAUGUUAUUUUUCCACAUAUGCCUUGUGCUUAUUUGAGCAUUGAUGCCAUGGAUGUAGCAGGAGAGCAGCAGCUGGAUGUGGAACACAAUCUUUUUAAGCAACGUUUGGACAAAGCUGGCAAUCGUGUGACUCCAGAGGCUGAGAGACACGAGCUGGGGAAGGAAGAAGAGAAAGUGUUUGAUCCAAAUUCUUUGGAUGCUGAUCGCUGCGAGAGCUGUUACGGGGCAGAGUCCGAAGACAUCCGGUGCUGCAACACCUGUGAUGAUGUCAGGGAAGCCUACAGGCGGCGAGGAUGGGCCUUCAAGAACCCUGACACCAUAGAGCAAUGCAAGAGGGAAGGCUUCAGCCAGAAAAUGCAAGAGCAGAAGAACGAGGGCUGCCAAGUGUAUGGCUUCCUAGAGGUCAACAAGGUAGCUGGAAAUUUCCACUUUGCACCAGGAAAAAGUUUCCAACAGUCUCAUGUACAUGUUCACGAUCUGCAGAGCUUCGGACUUGAUAACAUCAACAUGACACACUAUAUCAAACAUCUCUCCUUUGGAAGGGAUUAUCCAGGCAUUGUGAACCCUCUGGAUGGGACAGAUGUCACUGCACACCAAGCUUCCAUGAUGUUUCAGUAUUUUGUCAAAGUGGUCCCCACAGUGUAUAUGAAAGUAGAUGGUGAAGUGGUCAGGACUAACCAGUUCUCAGUCACACGUCAUGAGAAGAUAGCCAAUGGGCUACUGGGAGACCAGGGCCUGCCUGGUGUGUUUGUGCUGUAUGAACUUUCCCCCAUGAUGGUGAAGCUGACAGAGAAACACAGGUCCUUCACACACUUUCUCACUGGAGUUUGUGCCAUCGUUGGAGGCAUAUUUACAGCACGUGCCAUCCAGAAGAAAAUUGAACUUGGAAAGACAACAUAAAAAAGCAACAACCUCAAACCCCUCCACCCCCCCAAAAAAAACAAAAAAACAACAAAAAACCUGAGGAGAACUGAACAGGUUUGUUGAAACACAAGUGAUAUUCUGAGUGCACAGGAGAAGAUGUUUGGAAUCACCAGGUGGCCCUGACCCCUCUUACUCUGGCUGCCCAUCACUCUCUAUUAACUGGUGGGAGGAGCUGCUGGCACCUUGCUGCUCUGUGCAGCCCCUGCUCUGAAACCCUUCUGUGUCAGUCCCUGCUCAUCAGUCCUGCCCCCUCCCUGAAAGAGAUGCUGGAGCUACUGCAUUCUAUAGUGUGUGGUACUGUCAGGAGACCUGGAAGGGACUGAAGUUGCCAUCAAAGAAGCUUUUUAGCUUUUUUAACUUUCUUAAAAACGUUUCUGAGUGUGGCCAGACCUCUGGGGGGGUGCUGGCUGCCCGGCAGCUGCUCCUCAUUCUCCUCUUACAAAAGAUGCAAGUUGAUGUUUCAGCAAAAAGUGUUUAGAGUUUUAAUUGAUUUUUAAAUUGGAUUGUUUUUUCACUUCCCCCCUGUUUGUAUUUUGAAAUAAAGUCCAUCCUCUGUGUGUUUUGGUAAAGCAUUUGGAAGAAUAAUUAAAUUAUUUGAACUAAUCCUGGUACUGGAAGUGGAAAUUAAAACACACCUGCUUUGUGGCAAAGUAUGUAAAUAC